AUGUGUUCCCCAGCCAGCGAUCAACUCAAGAAGCGCACCUUUUACCCAGAUCGGUGGCCUCGCAAGACUGUCGACAUUGGAGCCAAUGGCGUUACAGUGUCAGCCAACCCUCUGGGGCAGAUCUACCAGAUCAGCGCUCCUUUGACCGCAGCAAACAAGUUUGGUAUUAUGGUGGCGGCGCCUUGGCCUCAAUUUGACCACGCUCAACGCCUCGAUCCAGAAUAUGUUCGGGAGUUCCGCAAAAUUCCUGAGAAGCUUCUCAUGCAACAAAUCAACGGACUCGGGCUCGACUUCGGAGGGCCGAAGGGACCGGUGGUGACACGACCCAGUCGGGACAGCAUCGGGAGCCAGGUUCAAUUCGAGUACCUAAUUCGUGGUGACACACUCUUCGUGCAGACUGCCUUGAAGGUUCAUGAUGACGGGACCGUAACCCACGCGAGCAAAGUCACUAACAUGGGCAAUACGGCUCAAAAUAUCCCAGUCACACUGGACCUGGCGUUCGCCGUGUCCAGAGCUGGGUAUGGGCAGCUUACUGAUCGGGGAGCUGUUGACAUGCCCGAUCCUUCGAAUUCCCUCGAUAGUUUCAGAGGCCCCAAUGGUGAUGGAGUGCUCGCGGUCGAGAACCGAAGCCUCGGUGGCCGAGUGUUGGCCCACAUCAUAUUCUACAACGAAACGACCAAUGACUACAUCGAAGUGAAGCGGUCGCUGUACGCGCAGCGAGGCAUGCUGCAAAGCCCGCCUCACAGGCCGAGCCAGGGGGCGACCCAAGAAAUUCGGUUGGGGCCCGGGGAGACCCUGAAGCUUGCAGUUGCGUUCCGUCCGGAGAAUAUCUCGUCGGCAGAUCCACCCGCCUUUUCCCCGGGGGUGAUACCACUAGACGAAAUUGCUCCCGGCUUUCUCUUCUCCCACCAAGAUGGCAUGUCCGAUUCCCGAGAGGUCGCCAAACGCCACAUUCAUGAACUCUGUGGUUUCAACUGGGACUCUGCCGAGACAAUCGAGAGCACGAUUCUCUGGGCCAACGUCAACUACAUCCUCGGCUGCUGCUGCGUGCCGAUGUCAGGUUCUGAAGGCGACGGAACCUGCUGCAUCGCAGACCACUUUGCGUUGAAUCUUGGCUGGCCUCGCGAUAACUACUGGCAAAUGAGACUCCUCAGAAAGCUCAAUUUGUGCAACCUUGCGAAUCUACUGCCAGAUAACUGGGGGAUUGCGAGGCAGUAUGACGUGAAGAUCUACCAAGCGCUCACUAGUCACCUCACUUGGUUGUUCGAAAUGGCCGUUACGCAGAUCGAGAUCGAUGGCACGACACGUCAUUUCUGGCGACGCUCAUAUUUGGUGAACGGUCAACCCAAGGAUGGAGAAGUGUUCCAACUAGAUACGCAGUGUUAUCCAUUCUUGGAACUUUGCGAGUACUUCGAGGCCUAUGGACACGAGCCCGAAACCAAGGCUGUCAUCGAGUCUAUUUUACAAACUGACUCUUUCAAGAACAUCCUCCACGAUCUCUUGUCCCGGCAAGAUGUUGAGACAAAUCUCUUCGCCUCGGACGAGACCCCGGCCGAUGAUGAGUUGGGCGACUACAAGUUCCACCUGUCCAGCAAUAUCCUGCUCUGGCACACCCUGUGCAAGCUUGGCGAGCUUCUUUCAUGCCCGCAAUUUAGACCACUAGCAUCAGCGACAGUGGACAUCAGAGCUCUGAAACGUCUGGCCGUAACGAUCAGGAAGAGCAUUCUGAUAAACUUCAGAAGCCGUCGAGCUUACUACACUGUCUACGAUGGUCAAAGAACCGUCUGGGACAUUCUUGCAUACGGAUUUGAUCCAUCCAAAGAGCCCGGGGAUCCACGACGGCACCGUUACUACCACGACGGCAACGACAUGCCGACGUUGUACGCUCCGGAGUGGGGUUUUCUAAAGAGCAACGAUUACGACGAAGAUGAAUCGAAUCUGAGAACGCUGUGGGAGAACACCAUGAUAUGGGCCUUCAACGCCGGUCCCGCUGAAGCAGGAUUCAACUCCGGUUACAAGGGAAAUGGCACCGAGCCGUUUCACGGCCUCGGAAGUGACCACAGUCCUGGUCCAUGGACUCUCGGUUUCUUCCAGGAGUGGAAGUUUGCACAGAUGGUCGGAGACGAGAGACGGGAGCACAAAGCAUGGAGCCAGAUUGUGGGAUCGGCCCAGUUUGACGGUACGUUCUCCGAGGCUGUGGACAUCUAUACCGGUGUGUGCACUUCAAAGACAUGGUUCAGCUGGCCAGGGGCAAUGAUCGCCGAGAAUCUCAUCGACGCCGUCAUCAAACAGGUCCAGCAUGGCGAGCCCUAG